AUGUUUCCAAAUCGAAUCCUGGUAUUUACGGUAUUAGCCUUGACCCGGCAUGCUGCGGCAGCCGGCGUCACCGGCGCGGCAGAGGGCUUCGCCAAGGGCGUGACCGGCGGUGGCUCAGCAACCGCGGUCUACCCUUCCACCAACGCCGAAUUGGUCUCUUAUCUGGGCGACAGCUCCGCUCGGGUAAUCAUACUGACGAAGACCUUUGACUUCACUGGCAGUGAGGGGACCGUGUCGGGGACCGGAUGUGCGCCGUGGGGGACUGGCAGCGCAUGCCAGACGGCUAUCAAUCAGAACAACUGGUGCACGAACUAUGAGGCCUCAGCUCCAAGUGUGUCUGUGUCUUACGAUAAGGCUGGUAUCCUGGGUAUUACAGUCGGCUCGAACAAGUCGCUGGUCGGCCAAGGAUCUUCGGGUGUUAUAAAGGGCAAAGGCCUCAGGAUCAUAAACGCGAAGAAUGUUAUCAUUCAGAAUGUGAAGAUCACGAAUUUAAAUCCCAAAUAUGUGUGGGGAGGUGACGCUAUAACCCUCGAUAACACUGACUUGGUUUGGAUUGAUCAUGUAUCCACCUCACUCAUCGGUCGACAGCACAUCGUCCUGGGCACGAGUGCCAGCAAUCGUGUAACUAUUUCCAACUGCGAUAUUGAUGGCACAACUUCAUGGUCACCAAAUUGCGAUAGUUACCACUACUGGAAUGUUCUCUUCCUCGGAUCCCAGGAUUUAAUCACCUUCAAGAACAACUACGUCCGCCACUUCUCAGGCCGCGCUCCUAAGAUUGGUGGCAACACCCUUGCCCACGUGGUGAAUAACUACUUCUAUCAAACCGAUAGCUCAGGACAUGCUUUCGAGAUUGAUUCGGGCGGCAUGGUUCUGGCUGAAGGCAAUGUUUUCCAGAACGUGGUCAAUGUGGUGACUUCGCCCGUCGGAGGUCAGGCGUUUACCAGCCCCGACAGUUCGAGCAAUGCCGCAUGCUCGUCUUAUCUCGGCCGCGCUUGCGUAGUCAACGCCUUUGGUAGCUCCGGCGCUUUCAACAUCAAGAACACUGGUUUCCUGACCAACUUUUCGGGCAAGAACGUCGCGUCCGCUUCCAGCGCUACCGACGCGAAGAAUGUUGUGAACACUGCCGGUUACGGGAAGAUCUAACGCUGCGGUAGAGGCAUUAAGUGC